CUAAGAGACUAUAUAACGGUAUACUUUGACGAUAUCUUAGUAUAUUCGAGUAGGAGCCAAAAGGACUAUAUAAGGAAGGUAUACGAGAAAUAUAUAUUUACGGUAAAGGAAGUCAAGUACCUAGGGUAUAUCGUAGAGGUAGGGGUCUAUAUCCGCCCCGACCCUAAGAAGAUCAAGGCUAUCUACGAAUAG